GCUGCGUUCGCAAAUUUUUUGAUGAAUUCGGAUACGAGCGACUUGACCAUGCAAGUUGAUCAGUUGGGAAUGUUACAAUCUAAUCCGGGGGCGCAGUUUCAGGCACAAGCACUGGCGCUGGCUCAAGCACAAGCCCGGCAGCAACAGCAACAACAGCAGCAGCAGCAGCAACAACAACAUCAACAACAUCAACAGCAACAAAAUCAAUACCAACAACAGCAUCAACGUCAUCAACUACAGCAGCAGCAACAACAGCAACAACAGCGCGUACAGCACUUCCAGCAGAGUCUAGAGCAGUCACAGGCGCACCAGGCACAGCAGCAACACGCCCAGGCCCAAGCCCAAGCCCAAGUUCAGGCACACGUUCAAGCACAGCAAGCGCAUCAAGCGCAAGCACAGGCUCAGGCGCAGGCUAAAGCUAAGGCGCAGGCUAAGGCGCUGGCUCAGGCUCAGGCACAUGCGCAGCAAGCGCAAGCACAGGCUCAGGGAAACACUUGUCAGUUUCCGCUGCAAGGGAGCUCGAGUUUGAACCCGACACCUAUCAAUACAAACUCAUCCAUCAACAGUCCUUUACAACCUCCGGUAUCCAAUUUGGGGCUGUUGACACCUCAAUUCAGCGGCAAUGUGAAUUCGAUACUCAGUCCGGGCGCCAGUCCAUAUGUGGGAGUAGGAGCGACCUCAACCAACACAGGAGUGGUCUCGCCAUACCAGUUCAGUGCGUCCUCGUCACAGUUGUUGGCCCGACCUGGGUACAUGAGGAGGUGGGGUGAAGACGAUCUGGAACGAGACAAGGAGCUGAAGAAGUCCAAUCACAUCCUGAGCGAACAGAAGCGUAGGGACAAUAUAAAGGACGGGUUUAAGGUGCUUGCUGAUGCACUCCCAAGUGGCCGGCAGGCGACGCCGCGAGCGGCUCUGCUGAGGAAAGCUGUUGAAUAUAUCGCACAUCUCAAAAAGCAGAACAAAAGGCUAAUGAGGGAAAUCACUGGUGGUGUGGCAGGGGAGGCUGAGAGUGAGUCUUUCGACGGGGACGGCGACAUGUCCGUCAACGAAUUAUUGAGCUCACUGGUACGACAGUUGAAUUUAGAUGAGACAAACGGCGAUACCUCCAAUAUACGGCUUAUGUACAAGGAGAAUGGGUUGCAGAAGAAGAUGAACUUGACAUCGGGUGAGGAUGUAAGAGACUUGUUCGAGAAGCACAGAAGCGAUGACAAUAACGAGAUAAAGCUCAGUUUAUAUAUAAAGAAGCCGGACGAGUGGAUGAACGACGACGGCAGUAUAAAAAGGAAACCCGUGCCGGGAGAAGUGGCGCUGUUGCAAGGCAAAGCUGCGAUCUGCGUGGAAGAAGAUGAGAAGGAAGCGCUCGCUGAGAUUCUCAAUGGGUGGGCGGAGGAUGAUGCGUACGACGACCUCGAGAAUGAGCUGGAACAGAGUGUGGAUCCCAAGUUAGUGGAGGAGAUAUACGAAGCCUUGAAGGACAGCCGCAUGAUCAAGUUUGGUGGACCACGGUACAGUGAGCACACCUGGCAAAUCGCACGUAUACGCAGGUGUUUGCGGGUGUGCAAGAACGAUAAGGAGGACGCCAUGGAGUUCUUGGUUAACCAGCUGAAGUGGCUAGGCACCGUGAAGCCGUAUCAGAUCAGGGUGUCGCCCGAGGAGCUCAGUACGAACAAGUUGUACUGGCACAAAACGGACUUGUCUGGGCACCCCGUCCUGAUUUUCAAGAUGUCACGACACACCACCACAAACAGAGACAAGAAUGAGGCAAUCCGGCUUUGGUUACGGAAGCUGUCUCAAUUCGAGAAUGAGAGGGCCGAUAAUCCGUACAGCAAGUUCUGCAUCAUCUAUGACCGACGCAAUUGCACCAUGGAGAACAGCGACGUACCUCUGCUGAAACGGAUCCUCAGGAUACUUCAAGUAACGUACUCCGAUAUGCUCCACAGAGUAUACAUCAUCCACUCGGAUUACAUAUUCCAAUACGGAUUCGGCCUCCUGAGCCAUUUAGUGACGCAUCGGCUGCGAAGGAGAGUGCUGGUGCUAGACGAUGAUAAAUACAAAGAGCAAUUGAUACAAAAUUUUGGUUCGGAAAAUCUCGAACCAGACAUGGGCGGAACUUGCCCCUCAGUACUCGAUAAGGACGGUCUAGUUAUAGAAUAGAUCAGAAACGAAUAAAUGAUGGAAUACAUGAA